UACAAGUGAAGUCGCGUUGAAUUCAGCUGUAGAUCAUUUCAUCGACAAAUGGAUACUGAAAGUCUCCAACUUCCGAUCAUCGACCUCGGUUCCUCCGAUCGAAUCUCCACCGCUCACUCUAUUCGUCAGGCAUGCAUGGAAUAUGGUUUCUUCUACCUUAUAAAUCAUGGGGUGGAGGAAGACUUGUUACAUGAAGUGCUUGAAGGGAACAGAAAAUUUUUCACACUCCCCCUUGAAGAGAAGAUGAAACUUGCUCUCAAGAAAAACAGAGGUUACUCACCAGUAUAUGCUGAAAACCUUGAUCCAUCUUCGACUUUCAAAGGUGACUCGAAAGAAUUCUUAUACAUUGGGCCUCUCGAAGACGUGACGCCACAUGGAGACCUGAAUCAAUGGCCACCGGAAGGUAUCUUUGUGAAACUAGAUAGUUUAUUAUGUUGUUUGUUCUGGCUUUACUACCUUAGGAGUGCUGGAAAAAGACUCAUCCCAUUAGUUGCUCUGGCACUGAACUUAGAUGAGAAUUUCUUCUAUGACAUUGGGGCAUUAAAUCAACCAAAUGGCUUUCUCCGCUUGCUACACUAUCCAGGUGAUUUAGGACCUUCUGAUGAAGAAAUAUACGGUGCUUCUGCUCAUUCAGAUUUUGGCAUGAUAACUCUUCUAGCAACAGAUGGUGUAGGCGGACUUCAGGUGUGCAGGGACAAAACUGUGGAGCCACAGGUCUGGAAAGAUUUGCAUAGUGUCCCUGGGGCUUUAAUUGUUAAUAUUGGUGACCUGAUGGAGAGGUGGACAAAUUGUUUGUUUCGGUCAACAUUACACCGUGUAAUGCCAACAGGGCAAGAACGAUACUCGAUGGCUUUCUUUUUGGAUCCAAAUCCGGAUUGUGUAGUGGAAUGCCUAAAAACUUGGCGCAGUGAAUCAUCUCCUCCAAGAUUUCCGGCAAUCCGAUGUGGAGACUACCUGAAAGAGCGCUUCAAACUUAUUUAUGGCUCAUGAAUUACGAAUUAGAGCAUGUCUGAUUAAAAAGUGAGUCAAACUUAACCUUUUUAUAUGUGCUUUUGUCCAAAACAUGUUUGUUAUUACUUGCUAGUGUGAAAAAGAUUAUUUAUUUUGAUAUGAAGGUAGGGUUACCUUCCAAAUUAGUAACCUAUUUCUAAACUUCAGCAAAUACUUGUAUCAAAAUUUAUAAUCUUAUACAAACACGCACUUCUUUGUUUGAACUUAAACCAACUCUGAAGAUGAUUGUAGUUGUGUAGUUAAAUUGUUAAUUCAAAGUUCUGUUCAUUACUUUA